AUGGGCGCCUCGGGCUGCUUCCAGUGGGCCGUCGUCCUCGCCCUGACGGCCGUCGUCCUCUCGCUCGUCGUCAUCGCCCAGGUGCUGGCGACGUACUCGGCCGCCUACGCGGCGGCGCCUCGAGAAAUGGUGACCUUUGUCGACGCCGUCAACUUCUCGGUCCAGGAGAACGAGAGCUACGACCGCGACGUGGCCGGGGUCCGGCGGCUCGAGGACAAGAUCCGGCUCGGUCGGCUGCUGCGGGAGAUCCAACGAGCCGGCGACGACCUUCGCGAGAGGCUCGACGACCUCCUCGUCGACGGCAGCGCCACCACGCUGAGGACCGGGCCGAGGCUGCUCUGGGCCUCGAGGCGUCGGGAGCUCGAGGACGGCGUCCGGAGGCUCGACAUGCUGCGGAUGCGAUUUCUCGUCGUGCACAUGGCCAUUGUCGGUUCCGCCGCCGCCGCCGCCGCAGCCGGGCCACGGUCGCCGCCGUCGUCAUCAUCGCCGCCGCCGCCGCCGCCGCCGCCCCUUCCGCCGACGGAUGCGGAGAAGACGGCGGCGAUGGAGUGGCCUCGGCGAUGCAGCGUCCCGAGGUCCCUCGCGAGCGACGCGGCCAAGCGGCCCCUGGUGCGCCGCCUGACGACGCAGGCCGUCGGCCACAGCGAGACGGUCACGUCGCCCCACAGAAAGGGCUGGGCCGGCGUCGUCGAGGAGCUGCAGCUGUCGCCGCGGAUGCAGCAGCGGCACGCGUCGAUAGAGCAGGCCAUGAGGGGGCAGCCUCGAUGA